ACAGGUACCAGUCACCAGACUUCAGCUCUCCCACACUCACCGAGAAACACUGCAACAUGAAGAAUCUGGUACUGUUUACCUUGUUGGCUGUAGCGGUGGCAGACAAACCGUCUGCCCACUACGGAGCGCCAUCUGGUUCUGGUCCUCUGAUCGCUAUCCUCCGAGACGACCGCGUGGCUCCUGACGCAGCGGGCUCCUACUCCUUUAACGUAGAGACUGAGGACGGCAUUUCCAGGCAGGAGUCUGGCGGUCCCGGCGGCACCCAGCAGGGUUCCGUAAGCUUCACUUUCCCUGACGGACAGGUGUUCGACCUGAAGUUCGUCGCUGACGCCGCUGGUUACCAGCCUCAGUCCUCCUUCCUGCCAGUGGCUCCCGCCUUCCCCCACCCAAUCCCUCAGUUCGUGCUGGACCAGAUCGCCUUCGCAGCUGAAGAGGACGCUGCUCGUGCCCGUGGCGAGUCUAAGGGGCCCUCUGGCCGAUAUGGUGCUCCCUCCAAGUAACAACUCUGCCCUCCAUUUCUGCUGCCAAUGAUUCCUCCUCUGCAUAUCAUUUGUUCAUGGGUUCUUCCCAUAAACAUUCUGAAGCAAUCGUGAGCCUCGCCUCUCCUACCGUGCAAUGUUCACCCAAAAUGACAAGAGUUCCUGAGUGUUCGUCAGUAGUGCCGCUCAUGUGACAACUAUCUUGCCGGGUGUUCACUUGGUGCGAGGAUUUGAGAGUGAGGUUAUCUGAAUGUGUUACUUAAGUCUUAAUUUAUAUUUGUAUGACAGUGUAUGCACGAAAUAAAGCAUAGCAAAGUCCA